UAAAAUAUACCUUAUUUUCAGCGUUCUAAAGCAGGCUCCCCCCUUAACUCGUUGAUAGGAAACUGUGAGCACUGAUGAACGAAAUUGUCAAGACAAUAGAAUUCGAUAUAAAAUUUCCUACAUAUAAUGUACUUAAUAUUAUUGAAUAUUUUUAGAUAUUAAAUGUUAUAUUAGAAAUACAUCUUAAUAUAUUGCAAAGUGUGUCAUUAGUAAUCCUUGACAUAUUAAUCUUGAUAUACAAUACACUAGUAUACACAAUUUAAAGAUAAUAUUGUAUCUUGUCAAAUAAUGGGUACGGACUGACAAUUGAUACAUCAUAUAUGUGUUGCUUAGCGUACAUUUGUGCGACAACAUGUAUAUCUGUACAAUUUUAAAUUUAUUUGUCGUAGCUAUACAACUAUGAUGAAAUACGAAGAGAAAACGAAAAUGGGUGAAAAUUGAAAAGUUUCCUUAUAGUUUGAAGAACUUCCAUAUACUUGUGUGACAGUUUCAAUAAAGUAGCGAAUCAAUAACAGUAGCACAACAGGAUCGGUUUUAGAAAAGUUCAAAUUUAUAUGUAUAUUGAAACAAUACGUAUAUAUAUAAAAGUAAUUUAAUGUAAUUUUCUUUUUCUCUUAUGGUUUAUUCAAACUGAGACUCAGUUUGAAUAAACCAUAAGAGAAAAAGGAAAUUCUCAGUUACUGAGAAAGGAAUAAAGAUAAAAGAACAUCAAUGAUAAUCAAACAUCUAGUAAAAUUAUAAAUUGUUUAUUCAUCUUAAUGUUUUCUUAUCUCACGAUAUUAUAAUAUUUUAUAAUUGUAUGAGUUUGCGUGCGUCUUUCUUCAAUGAUAUCUUCUAGUAAUUAGACAGUAUUAUUAUAUUAAGAUAUACAGAACAUUCUAUUACAAUAGUUAACGAUAAAUACAAGUGUGUAACAUAUUAUAAGAUUCUCAGGAGUGCAGUGCGGCCCUACAUGUCCAAGCUCCAUAAAAGUAUUGAUGCGAUGUCUUUGCUCUCAUGCGAUCAGUUUUUUUAAUUGUAAGGUAAGCCACUAUAAACAUUACCCUUUUGUAAUGCUGCCGACUAGGUAUUGCAUUAUUAGUGUACGACGUGUACAUCCCUUAGCGUUAUAAGACUUUUAGCAAUUUAUGUGGUCUUUUGCGACACGCGACAAUAUACCAGCAUAUCGAAUGUAAUGUACGGAAAGAGAAAGUCAGUCUUUUCGUAGACGCCAGUAUGGAUGUUUCGAUACAUUCAGCAUAUAGAGAUUAUGAAUGGGCAAUUGAAGCAAAUCGGCUUAGUUUAACAUUGUUCGGCGUUUGGCCUAAGAACAAUGAAACUAAGCACAAUAAAUUAAUGUCUAAUAUACGCGUGGUCAUUUUAUUAAAUGUAAUGAUCUGGAUCUGCCUUGUUCCAAAUCUACAUUACUUGCUGAAGGUUUAUGACGACAUAAUGUCAGCAAUCGACAAUUUACAAUGUACUUUACCGCUUCUGAUAGCGAUAAUAAAACUGUUCGUCAUUUGGCAAAAGAAAUAUGACGUCUUACCUCUAUUGAAUAUGAUUAAGGACGAUUGGCUAAGACCAAAGCCGUUGACAGAGAGAAACGUUAUGAUAAAGCAAGCGCGUAUUGCACGUACUCUCACGAUAUUCGGUUAUUUCGUAACACAACUAACUGCUAUCACCGUUUUAUUUCUUCCCCUCUUUGGCAUUUCAAUGACAUACAGAAACAACAAAACGGACACGGACAAAUUAUUGCCAGUGCAAUCGUAUUAUUUGUACAAUGUAAGUAAGAGUCCACUUUACGAGGUGACUUUUGUUCUACAAAGCAUUAGUGUGAUGACAGCUGGCACAACAUACAGCGGUAUGGAUACUUAUAUGAGUCUACUAGUCUUCCACGUAUGUGGUCAACUCGAAAAUCUCAGAGGACGUAUCCGCAAUUUAGAUAAAUUCAACAAUUUUGCGGACACUCUGUCGGCCAGCGUGAAGGAUCAUAUACGUCUUAUCAGGGCCAUUAUAAUCAUUGACGAUACAUUUAAUUUAAUGUUACUUGCAUUGCUAAUUUACUUUAGCAUACUUUUUGCUCUGUAUGGAUUUUUAUUUGUUUCUAUAAUGACGCAAGGUCGCAAUCUUUCUGUGGCACGUCUUCUUUUCACGAUGAUGACCUUUAUCAAUACAUUCGGAUACAUGUGUCUAUACUGUUUGUUGGGAGAAUUUUUAGUUAGUCAGUGCGACGGAAUUUACGAAGCUGUUUGCCAAUAUGAAUGGUACGAAUUAAAGCCGAAGCAGGCGAAAGAUUUGCUAAAUAUAAUGAUGCAAACUAGAAGACCAUUUAAUCUUACUGCAGGAAAACUCUUUCCUAUGACGAUAGCUAUGUUAUGUAAUUUAUUAAAAACUUCGGGCGGCUACAUAUCUGUUCUAUUGGCUCACCGUAAUUGAACUUGAAACCAAGUAGAAAUUAAUAUAUAACCCUCCCUUUUCCUUAUCAUUUUAUUAUUAAUAGUAAAAAAUAUAUUACAGAAUUGCAACGGUUUUCCUUGUUCACAGACAAAAUAUUACGAUAAAUCACAUUGAGAAUAUAAUGUGUUUAUUUUAUUAUUUUAUAUUUGAUCUCAAUUUGUAGCAAAUAUUUACUAACGCAUGUUUUAUACGAUUAAAUAUAUCUGAAAUUAUUUCAGACUAUAUAAAUAAGUGUGAACUUUACUCACACAUACACACACAACUGUAGAGUUACAAAAGAUUUUCAUGAACAUAGAUGUUAACUAAAUAAUAUUCUUAUAUUUGUUUAUUUGUUCGUCCUGAUAUACGUUAAAUAUUAUAUAGGUGAUAAUACAGAAAUAUAAUCUUCCUUUCAACUUGUUUUUA